AUGUCUCUACCGGCCAAGCUGGGCAAAACCGCUCCUCUACUCAUACAGGAUGUCCUGCACCAUGACCCAGCGAGCCCUACUCGGCCGCCGUUCAAUAUCCUGAGAGACCUGCCGCCCAUCUUCUACGAUGAAGCGUCGUACCCGGACAACUCCGACCCGAAUGCCUGCGUCCAUCUCUUCAUCACAAAGCCUCACCAGUCAGUGCUGCCCGCAAACGACAGCCAGCGUGUUGCAGGCGCCAGAUACAAGGUCUCGUCGAUAUGUCAGAAGUGCAGACUUCACUUUGAGCUCGGAGUGGUCUUCAAGAGCCAGCUGGCGUGUAGACCAGGGACUGUUCACCACUUCUCCUACUUGCACAAGGAGUCGCUCGAGAGACUCAAGACCGUUGCCAAAUUGCCCGGUCAAACGGUAGAGACAUAUGUCUACAGCUGCACGCAGACCCAAUGCUCUGCCACAGUUCACCUGAAGCUCUGGACACCGCUUAUCAAGCGGGAUUGGGUGAGCUUGCUGACGGACGAAGAUAUCCUGAAGAAACGAGUAGACGAUGCUCUAGCCUUGGAACCGGAGCGAUUGGAAGGGAUAGGCAGACCAACUCCGCUGGUUGUCCUCACGCACCUCAAGACGUACAUCGAUAAUGCGUUGCAUGAUGAACAGCGCAGCAGAUCAAUCAAUGUCAUGAACAAGAAGUUCACAGUCUGCUUUGGCACCGGCGGAGAACCCUGCAAGCAAUUGUUUGAAUAUCUAGGCUUUACGCUGGCGAACGAUCGCUGGGAACCACCACGUCCCGAUACAAAAGCUCUGAAGCCAUACACUGACCCGUUGAAUAUAUUUCUGGACAAUAUCUCAUUCGAGCUUCUGGUGCUUAUAACCCAGCGGCCACAGCAUGAGACAGAGGGCCAGGGGACAAGUCUAGCUUUUACGCCUUCUUUAAGCCAGUUCAACCAGCUUCUCGGCUCAGCAGACUAUGCAAAAACCAGCGCGUUCCCUCAUAGCGCUCAACUAAAAGCUCCCUUCUAUGAACAUCUAGGCGCUGUCAGUGACAUGUCUAAUGAGCUAGUCAUUGAAGCCUACCGCCAGCAAAACAAAAUUAUACCGUCACGGAAUAGCUACUAUCUCAGAUGCAUUCGAUCAAUUGGCCACUGGCGAGGCCCUGUCGAUGGCAAGGCAAUACACGAUCUUGUUGAGAUAGAAUCCACAAACGGCAAGUAUGCUGACGACGACGUACCCGAGUCUUACUCAUAUUUCAACUUCGACUUCUUCCAAGACCAUGCUAUAAGCGAUGAUGCUAUCAUUGGAUCAUUCUACGCUCGGCUUGAAGAUACCCAGAACGACAUGGAACUUCGAAAGCACCUCUGGAGAAUAGGCGACUACCGCAAGAGCGAAAAGAUCAAAGCAGCUGCAGAGGAGAGAGUGACGACCGCGGAGCAGGCUCAGGUAUUCCUCGGAGUCCAUGCAGAUACCCCUGACGAUUUCGUGAUUUCCAUGUAUACAGCAAAGAUCAGCGAUAGCCCUGACAGCAAGGAGAUAGCCAAACGAGCUGUUCGGCUUAUCGCAGACAGCCGAAAAUCAGAAGCUCUACAGCACUUUAUCAAAACAGGGGAACCCGCCUCCGCCCAAAUGGAUAUAGGGGAUGCAUUCCGCUUGCUACAGAUCCCUGAUAGAUCAAUAGAUGACGCUGCGAUAAUAGCUGCAUACUCAGUAUGUUGCUCUGAAGCUCCGGAACAGAUCGAGACAUACCGACAAGCACUUGCUGUUAUUGCCGAGGAGAGCGGAAGCGCUGUCAUCCGUAGCAUGCUUGUGGACGACAACGCCCCAGCGAACCGCGCGCUGUUAGACUGGCCGGUUGGACUUCGAAAUAUCGGUAACACCUGCUAUCUAAACAGCUUGCUUCAGUUCUAUUUUACCAUCCAACCUUUCCGAAACAUGGUACUGGAUCUUGACCGCUAUAAAACCGAACUUGACGAGGGUGUGAUUCGGAAUAAAAAAGUUGGAUCUCGAAAGGUAUCCCUGUUAGAGAUUCAACGCUCACAGAAAUUUCUUGUCCAAUUGAAAGCUCUUUUCAACGACAUGAUCACUUCCCCGGAUGCAUUCGUGACACCAACCCAAGAGCUUGCUAGGUUGACUUUGCUCAGCUCCACCAGCGAAGCUGCAUUUCGACGCAAAUCUCUAUCAACCCACAAAGCCUCAGAGCUAGGGGAGAUUAACGGAAUGCCUGUCAUGGGGCCCGUUGGUCCUCCAGCUCCAAUCCCCGAAGAGCAGUCUACGCCGAGCGAUGGUUCUCCAGGAAAGGAGGAUUCGGCUAAAGAAGAUACUGACAUCGCCGCUCUUACGGGAACUUCCAGUGAGCUAGAGUCCAGCAACACUUCAGACCAAACCGUGAUACCCACCGUAGAAACAAAAGAAGUUACUUCUUCUUCCAGUGAAAAUGGCAUCUCGCCUGAAAACCCGGUGUCAGAGGCUAUUGCAGCCCCUAGUAGACCACCGCCAGUUCCUCCACGGCCUGCUCCUCGAGUAGAUAAUGAGCAGCUAAUUCGAGAAGAAGUCGAGCUGGGCGCACAGCAGGAUGUCACGGAAGUUAUCAACAACGUGCUUUUCCAAGCGCAGUGCGCAAUUAAGCCAACCAAGAUUGAUGCAGACGGGAAUCAGAUCGAUUUGAUCAUGGAUCUGUUUUAUGGCCAGACCAAGUCCUAUAUCACUGCUAGAAACGGUAUACGUUCUAAAAAUGAGUUCUGGUCAGAUAUCAAAGUUGAUGUUGCUACUGGCUCGAGAGAUAUCUACUCAGCCAUUGACGGAGCCUUUGAUAGGCAAAAAGUACAUGUUGAUGGUGCAGACGCGGAACAGUACGGAGCCAUCAGCAAGAUCCCACCAGUACUCCAGGUUCAAGUACAGCGUGUUCAGUUCGACCAGGUCAAGAAAUCGUCCUUCAAAUCCACUCAUCACCUAGAGCUAAAAGAAACAAUAUAUAUGGACCGCUACAUGGACGUCCCCGAACAUGAUAACAUGGGUCUAUAUAAGCGACGGCGAGAAAAAUGGGCAUGGAUCGAUGAGCUUAGCGGAUUAAAAGUUCGACGGGAGGAACUUCUAAACAGCGAAGAAUCUCUUCCCGAUCUUUUCCAAGAUGCUCGUGACAAGGUCAAGGACUUGAUAUCGAUGAAAGAUGAUCCUGAAAUGGCGGAUGACGCUCUAGACAUCGAUGAAGGAGUAAUGACACAGCUUUCAAAUUUGGAAAUAAUGACGAGAAAGGAACUUGUUCGCAUUGACUCCCGAAUGGAGCAGCUCACCCAUCUAAUAGAUAAUCAGUUCGCCGAUAUGAAGUCCCUCCCCUACCAUCUCUAUGCGGUGUUCAUUCAUCAUGGAUCCGUGGAAUUCGGACACUACUACAUUUACAUAUUUGACUUUGAAAAGCAGAUAUGGCGAAAAUAUAACGACUCCGAAGUAACUGAGGUCCACAGCACGGCAGAAAUAUUCAGUGACCGCAAUAUGAAGAACCCACCGACUCCCUACUUCCUUGUUUACCUGAAUGACGGAUUAAAGGAACGCCUGGCUAAACCUGUGUGUCGUCAUGUCGAGGAGCCUCCAGCACAGACAACUUCUGCGGCAGACCAUUCAAAUCCCGACCGAGGACGUGCAGGUCACGGAUCAGACACAGAAAUGACCGACCUGCCUCCCAGCUACGACGAGGCACAAAAGACAGCCCCAGGUAGGGACACAUCACACCCAGAGAGCCAGGGGAACUUCCGUCAAGGGAGCAAGAGCAACGAGAAGAAAACUAUCCCAACAGUCCUAGCUGCGAUAGCGAAGAAGAAAAUGUCGCCAUCACCUGACCGUAAACGAUUAAAACGACAGGGCGCUGAGAGUGAGGGAUACUCGAACGCUGAAUCGAAGAACUAA